ACAACAAAUUAAAUUUCUUCUCAUAAUGAAGGUUAAUCUAAGAAAACAACACAAACCAAAAAUGGUCUUGAGUUCUUCAAUUUGUUGUCUCCUCCUAUACAUUUUUAUAGUUGUUUCUUUUAUUUCUCCUAUUAACUCUUUAGAAACACCAAACCACCAAUCACUUAAUCAAACUUUUCGAUCAGAGCAAGAACUUCAAAAUUUGAAAAAAACAAUAGCUACACGUCUUCGACAAAUCAACAAGCCAGCGGUUAAGACAAUUCAGAUUCCUAAUGGUGAUAUCAUAGAUUGUGUUUUAAUUCAUAGACAAUUAGCUUUUGAUCAUCCUUUAUUAAAAGGACAAAAACCAAUGGGUCUUCCAAAAAGUCUAAGAGAGGACAAUCAAAUUGGAAAUAUGGGUGAUUUUCAAUUGGGGAGCUUUUAUGAUGAAUCAUGUCCUAACGGAACAAUUCCGAUUCGAAGAGUAACAGAACAAGACAUGUUAAGAGCUUACUCUAUUAAUAGCUUUGGAACGAAAGUCGUCAAUCAAAUUCCUCAUGAUCAUGCAAUUAUAACAAUGUCCGACGGUGAGUAUUUUGGAGCACAAGCUGCCUUCAACGUAUGGAGACCCUAUGUGGAAAGUCAAAGUGAAUUCAGCUUGUCUCAAAUGUGGCUCGCGUCUGGUACAUAUGGAAAUGAUCUAAACACCAUUGAAGCUGGUUGGCAUGUCUAUCCAUAUCUCUACGGUGAUGAUCGCACGAGAUUUUUUAUUUAUUGGACGGCUGACGCAUAUAAAAGUACCGGCUGCUACAAUUUGGCGUGUCCAGGCUUUGUUCACACUAACAAAAAUUUUCCAAUUGGUGCUGAGCUUCCAAAGCUUUCUUCAUAUCAAGGAACACAAUAUUCUAUUACCAUAAAGAUAAUGAAGGAUAAAAACAAUGGAAAUUGGUUGCUUUUAUAUGGAGAUGGACAUAUAAUUGGGUACUGGCCAGCUACCUUGUUCACACACUUGAAGUAUGUUGCAGAUGAAGUUCAUUUUGGUGGAGAAAUAGUGAAUCAAAAACCAGGAGGGUCUCAUACUUCCACGACAAUGGGGAGUGGUCACUUUCCUGAAGAGGGUUUUGGAAAAGCUGCAUAUAUUAGAAAUAUGCAAGUUAUAGAUUCUGAUAACAACUUGAUUGCGUUGGAUAAUCCCAGCUAUGUAGCAACAAAUCCAAAUUGUUAUAAUAUACAAGGAAAGACAAGUCCAAAGUGGGGGGAUCACAUUUACUUUGGUGGACCUGGCAGGACUCACAAAUGUUCCUAAAUAAAUAUUGAAUAAGCACGAUGGAAUAAGAACUAUAUAGGUCAAAUAAAAUGUAAUAAGAGUGGAAAAUAAAAUACACUACCUUUAUUGGUGCAUAUCUAAGAUCUAUUAUUUAUCUAUUCUCUAUUAUAAUAUAUUAAAUUUAAAACGAUAAA